AUGAUCAUCAAGCAACUGGCUGAGUUGAACAAGAAAAUGGAAAAGAAUCAGGCUGCAGCCAUCUACACUCAACCAUCAUCUCAAGGAGAGUUGGAAAUGGAAGAAGGAGUUAACUGUGAGGAGGUUAAUUACCUUGGAAAUUCAUCUAGGCAAGCUAAUGAUCCAUACUCUAAAACCUAUAACUCUGAUUGGAGGAACCACCCAAACUUUGGGUGGGGGAACCAACAAAACCAAGGCCAAGACCACAGAACAUACAAUCCUAACCAGUACAACAACUCCACCCACCAAAACUCUAACCAAAAACCAUCCAAUACCAUACAAAACACUCAUUCACAUACAACAUACCAAAGCCAUAACAACCACUCUCAACAUCCCAAUUUCAAUGAACCAUCACCACAGGAUGAUGAUAGGAUGGCUAGGAUGGAAGCAAUGCUUGCUAGCCUUUGCAAAGAAGUUGAAGACAUAAAGAAAUUCAAAGAAGAACAAAUUUUUAAGUCCACUGAUAGUUUUCCAAGUGACACGGAGAAAAAUCCAAGAGAGGAAAUGAAGAAGGUGAGAUGGGAAGAGUGUAAGGCAGUGACCCUUGCAAAUGAAAAAAUCAUGGAAGAAGAUACAGGCAAACUAACAGAGCACCACCAGGAAAGCUCCGAGAGCAACAUGAAAAGAAAAGAACAAGGAACUCGAUCUGUACAAGGAAAAGACUCAACAAGAGAGGAAACUUUGAAGCCUUAUAAUCCAAAAGCACCAUUUCCCCAGAGACUCAAGGCAGAUGAAAGGGAAAGAUCAUAUUCAAAGUUCCUAGAUAUGUUUGCAUCUCUUAGUGUCAAUAUUCCCUACCUCGACAUCCUCAAACAGAUGUCUGCUUGUAUCAAAUGGAUGAAGGAACUACUAGCCAAAAAGAGCAACCUGAAGGGUGGCCAAACAGUGGUGAUGAACAAGGAAUGUAGUGCUCUUAUCCAGAAGGAUAAGUUGCAUAUCAACGAGGUGAAAUCCACUGAUGUAAUCAUACAAUUGGUUGAUAAAACUCAAAAGCAUGCUGAUGGAAUAGUGGAAAAUGUGUUGGUAAAAGUGGGAAACUACUUCCUCCCCAUAGAUUUUGUUAUUCUGGAUAUGGAAGAAAGCUACUUCCAUCCAGUUAUUCUGGGGAGACCAUUCCUAGUUACUGGUUGGGCACUCAUUAAUGUAGAACAAGGAGAGUUGAUACUAAGAAUACAUGAUGAGUAG